UGUGAUGUUGGGGCUGGGUGUGGGGGUGACGGAGCUCUCUGUGCCCACAGUGAGGAGGGUAAUGGCUGGCACAGGGCUGAAGUGAUCCGCCUGGAGCAGGAUGUCUUCACGGCUCUAGCCGGUCGCGGUGAUCUCUACGUCUAUAAGACUGACGGCUUCUGGAGCCAAAUCAAGUCAGCAGGGUCCGCUAUUUACGCUAAUCGCUUGUACCUGAACCAGUACGAGAGCUCCCACCCUGACCGGCUGGCCCCCACACAGGAGGGACCCACCAUCCUCGGAAACGUUUACAUCCACCCAACAGCAACCAUCGAUCCCUCCGCAGUGGUAGCUGGGCCUAACGUGUCUAUCGGGACGGGGGUGACCAUCGGAGCCGGGGUCAGAGUUCGGGAAUCCAUUAUCUUACACGGAGCCUCACUGCAGGACCACAGUUGUGUGCUGAACUGUAUUGUGGGCUGGGACAGCAGCAUAGGGAGGUGGGCUCGAGUGGAAGGCACUCCCAGCGACCCCAACCCUAACGACCCCUACGCCAAGAUCGACAGCGAGACCCUCUUCAGUGAUGGCAAGCUUAACCCCUCCAUCACCAUCCUCGGCUGUAACGUGACAAUUCCCGCCGAGGUCAUUAUCCUCAACUCCAUCGUCCUCCCCCACAAGGAGCUGAACCGUAGCUUCAAAAACCAGAUCAUCCUGUGAGGGUCAGCCUGCUCCCCCCAACACCCCCCUCCUACGCAGAUCCCCCCCCACUCCUACCCAGA